GCAUGUCGUUUUUUGAGACUGGCUUUGACACAGAGGCUGUUGACAGGCGCAAGGAUGGCACUAAAGACUACGGCAUCUUCCAUAUCAACAAUGGCUGGUGGUGUAAAGAUGAAGGUACCCUUUCAGAGAACCUUUGCUCCAUGUCUUGUGCAGAUUUAUUGAAUACUGAUAUUCACGAUGAUAUCUUAUGUGUCAAGAGGAUUGUGAAAGAUCCCCAAGGCAUGGGGACCUGGAAGGAGUGGAAAAAGCACUGUGAAAAGCAAGACCUGCGUGAGUGGGUGAAGGGGUGUAAUCCCUGAAAACCUGUCUACCUUCUGUUUGCCAUCUCUCAUGUCAUCAAUACAGAGUUGUUUGGGUUUUUUUUCUUGUAAAAUGCUUCUUAUAUCUGUUAUUUCCCUGGAUGGUAAAAAGAAUUCCAA